GUGCAGCUUAAACUACACUAACAAAGUGGGGGGUACGGCUUCUGUGUAAUGUGUGAAUUGUGAACCAAAAAGAAGAAGAAUCAACACAAAGCCAUCACUUCAACAACAACUUCCAAUCAACCAUCAACUGACAUCUUAUUGUCAACAACCGUCCAACGUGAGAGAGCCGGUGCCGUUCUGGGGCCCUUGUUCAUUUACGCAACCGGCGCUUGCGCCUAAUCAUUUGCAUAUCCUUGCCAGAUUCUUCUCAUAUCAUACAAAAGCCAACCUCAUGCUACGAUAAGCGAUUGUCUUGAUCAUCAACAAUCUUGUGCACGAUGUCUUGCUGUGCAGAACAUCAGGUCUUAACGACUGGUUCUUCCUACCUAUUCAACGUUUGGUCAAGCUCGCCUUUUUUGACUUCUUUGCUAUUAGGUCCAAUCGUGCUGGCAAUCGUCUUGGUAUAUCCUGCAUUGGUAUUCUUUACACCGCAAGAAAAACAUCUUGACUCAAGUGCAUUCCAGUACGUCACAGCAGACGACCCGUCCAAGAGAAAGACAUUGCCGAAGUUGGUGGAAAUUGACGCAGAAAAUGAAGAAAUUCAACUCAGUAUCGUCAUUCCGGCUUUCAAUGAGAAGGACAGAUUACCGGUCAUGCUCGAUGAAGCAGUAGCAUUUUUGGAAACCCUCAAGACCUCAAAGAAAAGCUUAGCAGAAGGGAAUGGAAAAGGUAAACAGGCAAACGGCCAUUCUCAUACUGCGACAGAAACUGCUUCCAAGCGUGCACUCGUGAACCCAUUACAAUCAAUCGAAUUCAUCAUUGUCGACGAUGGAUCUCGUGACUCAACUGCAAGGGAUGUAUUGGAGUAUGCAAAAAAGAACAAGUUAGACACCUCUUUACGAUUGGUACAAUUAGGUCAGAAUUGCGGAAAGGGAAGGGCUGUUCGGCAUGGAGUAUUGCAUGCCAGAGGAGCUCUGAUCGCAUUUUGCGAUGCUGAUGGUGCAACAAGAUUCUCUGAUUUAGGCAAUCUGGCAAAGGAGAUGGAUAGAAUCAUCACGCCAGCAGGAUAUGCGAUCGUUUGUGGAAGUCGUAAUCAUUUGGUACAAAGCGAGGCAGUGGUCAAAAGAUCAUUCGCACGCAAUUUUCUCAUGCAUUCUUUCCAUCUCGUUUUGAAGCUGCUCAUGCGACCUCCAAAUCCUGCCAAGAUCGUCAACUCUUUUUUGCCAAAUGUCAACUUUUUUGCCAAAUCAAGCACAUCUAAACGAAAUCUUUUACCCGUUCAACCGCCAAUUCGUGAUACCCAAUGCGGCUUCAAGCUAUUCACAAGACGAAGCGCACAAGCAAUCUUUCCUUUAGCACACAUCGAUCGUUGGAUAUUCGAUGUUGAGCUUUUGUUGUUGGCUGAAGUUGCAUCUUCCAAUACACUCCAGAGAACAGCUGCUUCGAAUCCUUCACUCUUUGCUGAUUCUGCAGUAAAAGAUCCACUUUUACGUUUACCUUUGCCAAUUUCUGAAGUUGCUGUCGAUUGGCGUGAAGUGGAAGGUAGCAAGAUUGAUAUCUUGAAAGAUAGUAUCAGAAUGGGAUUGGAUCUUUUGAUCAUUCGAUUGAAUUACGCUUUUGGAAGAUGGAAGGGUCCUGGUAUACUGCCGGGUGUUGAAUCGAUGUCCGGCAAAGAAAAGGUUGAUUCAUGUUGUAAAUAGUCACACGUUCAUACCUGUCACAAUAAGUUGAAUUGAAUAGAAUACAAAUGCUGAAAGAAUGAGUCGGAUGCGGCGAGGACGUGAAGUGAACUGAGAUCAAUUGUUUCUGGAGGAGGGAAGCGUAAGGAAAGUCAGUGUCAAGUCCCCGGCUGAUCGGCAUCCGAAAUACGUACUGGCUGAAUUUAUGUCCACAUUUAGGACAGGUAUAAAAGACUGUUGAACCUUC